GCAAACUACCACUUCAGCAUCUGAAGAUGACUUCCGUGCAUGGAGCUGGCUACCAUCCUACCUACAACCCGACGCUGCCCUUCUGUGAACCCAUCCCAUGUGCCCUGAAAGACGGGACGUCUGUCUACAUCCGAGGAGUGGCCUUCAAGAACUUGCAGAGCUUCGUGGUGAACUUUAGCCUGGGACCAGAUCCAGUAGUCCACGACAUCGCCUUCCACUUCAACCCCCGCUUUGGUGACUUGAACAAGGUCGUCUUCAAUUCACGGUUGUCGGGCAAGUGGGGUCAUGAAGAGGAGUUAAGGAGGAUGCCCUUCAAAAACGGGGAGCACUUUGAGAUUCUGGUGAUGAUCACGCAGCAACAUUACAAGGUGUUGGUGAAUGGAAAUCUUUUCUGUGAGUAUGGGCACCGGAUCUCCAUCCAGAAUGUCACCCACCUGAUAGUGAAUGGGGACAUGACCCUUCAAUCUGUUAACUUCCUUGGCAGCUGUCCCACCUACUGUGAGACCAUGGAGGCACCCCCAGUCUUCUACCCGCCUGUGCCAUAUAUGCGGAGACUUCAGGGGGGACUGAUGACCUGCAGAACCAUCAUAAUCAUGGGCUUCAUCCCCCUCUCAGCCUCCAGAUUUUAUAUCAACUUCAUUGUGGGAACCACAGGGGACAUAGCCCUGCACAUCAACCCGCGCAUGGAUGAGAAGGCCGUCGUGCGGAAGAGCCUCCAGAAAGGCGCCUGGGAGUCUGAGGAGAAGUCCAUCUCCUACAAUCCCUUUGCUCCAGGACAGUACUUCGAUCUGUCAAUUAGCGCCAGCCCCUGUAACUUCACAGUAUUUGCCAACGGCCAGCACAUCUUUGACUACAAACAUCGUGUGUUGGUUACCAUGGUGGACAUACUGGAGAUCGACGGGAAUGUCGCCCUGUCCUAUGUCCAGGUCUGA